CUUAAACAUGCAUUUGUGUAUUUAAUCCGCCAAAUUUCGUUAAUUGCCUUAUCACAGCAUGUCCACUUGCAGUUCGUCCGAAAUAGCGGAGAAGAAGCGCCUUGCGCUGGCCAAGCUGCAAGCCAAGAAGUCCCAACUACUGGCCAACGCAUCCAGCGGAAAGUCAUCCACAGCUCCUCCAGCAAAUGCGCAGCAACAAGUCCGGAAUCAAAAUGCGAGUCCCAAUCAACCGCUGGCCAAAUCCCCACUGAACUUCUACAGAUCUCCGCCAGCAGUGCAGCAGAAGAUCGCCAGGACUGCCACCACGUCCAGCGACAACAAGAGCUCGUCCUUCCUAAACGCUCUAAAGGCAAUUAAACAGACCUCUAGUCGGGAAUUAUCCCGGUCAGCCGCACAUCCCUACCAGCGGCCAAAUGGAGAUAAUGAAAAAAGCAAGCCCACACUCUCACUUGCUCCGGAGAAGGAAAAACCAGUGACUUUUGUAAUAGGCAACUCCAUCACCUGCAAUCUCUACAUGAUCAGCACGCAUCGGUUCGCCGCCCAAACCUCGGGGUAUCAUGAAAAGCUGAUAGCCGUGUUCAAGAACAUGCCCACCAGAUCCUACGAAAGUCAAACCCGUAUCUGGAGUUUUGAUCUUACGGACUACCAAUCCCUUCAGACUCAUGUAGCGGAUCUAAAUCCACAUGUCCACUUGGUCUGCAUUCCAAAAAAGGUGUUGGAUCUCUGCCAGCAGAAGCCUGUGGUUUUGGAAAUGAGUGUUUUAGCUUCCAUUGAACCCAAGCUGGCGGACAUGCUAAUGCCCUUCCAACAGGAAGGGGUGUGCUUUUCCAUUGCUCAAAAAGGCCGAAUUAUGAUUUGUGAUGAAAUGGGCCUGGGCAAGACUUAUCAGGCCCUGGCAGUGGCCGACUAUUUCAAGGAUGAUUGGCCCUUGCUCAUCAUUACCACCGCCUCCACAAGAGACAGUUGGGCGAAGCACAUUGUGCAACUGCUGCCCAAGGUGCCCAUCCACUAUGUACAAGUGCUUAACAACAAUCAGCAAUAUGUAGGCGAUGCCCAGGUGCUUAUCACCAGCUACAACAUGAUGGAACGGCACAUGGCAAUGCUGCAGCAGCGAAAGUACGGUUUCAUCAUCUUCGACGAGUCGCACACGCUUAAGAACAGCAAGGCCAAUUGCACAAAAGCGGCUCAAAAGCUCAGGGAUCAAGCCAAGCGGGUGGUCUUGCUAUCCGGAACUCCAGCUCUUUCCCGUCCUUUGGAACUUUUCACACAGCUCCAACUGGUCGAUGGAAAAUUUAUGACUUUCAAGGAGUUUACCACUCGGUACUGUGAUGGCAAGCAGUCGACGUUUGGCUGGGAUGCCAGCGGACAAUCCAAUCUGGAGGAACUAAGGGUUAUGCUUACUCUUAAAUAUAUGCUGAGGCGAACGAAAUCGGAGGUGCUACCACAGCUCGCUGAAAAGAAUCGUGAAACGGUGGUUCUGGAUCCCGCUUUGGUAUGGACCAGCGACGUAACCAAGGAUUCCUUGGAUGUCUUUAACAAAGAGCUGAAAACAAGCAAAGGCAGAGCGAUGGAGGAAAUUUUGCUACGCUUUUAUGCACGGACUGCCGAAGUGAAAGCCCCCGCCGUGUGUGCCUAUCUAAAAACCUUGGUUAAGGAGCAGAAAAAGUUUAUAAUUUUUGCUCAUCAUCGGAUCAUGAUGGAUGCCAUUAGUAAUUGUCUCAGUGGAUUAAAAGUAGACUACAUACGCAUCGAUGGGCAGACGCGGAGCGAUCUCAGGUCGAAUUUUGUGGAUACAUUUCAAAAGAAGAGCAGCUGUAAGGUGGCGCUGCUCUCCAUUAAAGCCUGCAAUUCAGGGAUCACACUUACUGCAGCAGAGAUUAUUGUAUUUGCUGAACUGGACUGGAAUCCUAGUACCCUGGCUCAGGCUGAAAGUCGUGCCCAUCGCAUUGGCCAGACAAAGCCGGUGAUUUGUCGCUAUUUAAUGGCCAAUAAUACAGCAGACGAUACCAUCUGGAACAUGCUGAAAAACAAGCAGGAGGUGCUCAGUAAAGUGGGUAUCUUUGCCGAGAAUCUUCAGAAGGCCACGCACACAGCUGCGCCCAUUUCGUCACACAAAAUUGAGGAAUUCUUCUCGCCCGCCAAAUCCAACUGUUCUAAUCCGGAGAAAGGUUCUAUAAAACAAUACUUUUCGCCUGUUACAGCCAAAGCGCCAAGUGAAGAAAAUAAUAAUACCAAAAAAGCCAAGGAAAGCAAUGCUCCUUCGGAUAUUGUGGCCUUCUUUAACGAUGAUGAUGAUGAGGCUUUUAUGGAUUUAGAUAUUUAG